AUGACAAAACCUGUAAUUUCUCGCAUGUAUUUUGUCAGUCCAAAAGAUAUUGAAAGGUAUUUUUUAAGAAUUUUAUUACUAUAUGUACGUGGUGCUAAAUCGUAUGCAGACAUAAGAACAUAUGAAGGUGUCACAUACAGUACUUUUGUAGAAGCUGCCAAGGCAAGAAAUUUAAUGAUAGAUGAUAAUGAAUGGGAUAAUUGUUUAUCUGAAGCUGUAAAAAAUAAUGAAUUAGGAUUACGAUUGUUGAAAAAAGAAGCUGUUAUUCUCAUUGAGAGUUUAAAUAAUGAUCAAAGCCAAAUUUUUGAUGAGGUUAUGAUGGCAAUACAUAACGAUGAUUGUAAGAAUAGGUAUAUUUUUGUCGACGGACCUGGAGGAAGUGGAAAAAGUUAUUUACAUAAUACAAUUAUCACUGCUGUUGAAAGUGAAGGCUUGAUAGUUUUACCAGUUGCAUGGACUGGUAUAGCUGCUAAUCUUUUAAAAGGUGGUCGAACAUCACAUUCUUUGUUCAAGUUUCCUAUACCGAUUAAUGAAAAUUCAACAUGUAAUAUAAGUGGGAGGUCAAAAGAAGCUGAACUUUUGAAAAGUGCCAAAAUUAUUAUUUGGGACGAAAUAACAAUGGCACCUAAAUAUGCUUUAGAAGCAAUGGAAUUGAUGUUAAGAGACAUUACAAAAUGUAAGAAACCUUUUGGAGGUAAAGUUAUUUUGCUUUCAGGAGAUUUUCGACAAACUUUGCCAAUUGUUCCACACGGCAAUCGUACUCAUAUUGUUGAGGUAUGUGUAAAAAAUAGUAGAUUGUGGAAUCAUUUUCAAACUAAGUCUUUACAUUCUAACGUUAGAUUAGAUAAUAAUCAAAUCGAAUUUUCAAACUGGUUAUUAAAUGUUGGUGAUGGUAAACCACAAAGUACAUUUGAAAGAGAAAAUGAUGUUUUAGAAAUUCCGCAAGAUAUGAUUUCGAAUGGGAAUUUAAUUCAUAAAGUAUAUGGAUCCUCAAUAAGUCGAAAUGAUUCAUCUGUUUUUUCAUCUUGCAUUCUUUCAUUAACCAAUUCUGAAGUAUUAGACAUGAAUGAACGCAUUUUGUUAAAAUUAGAAGGAAAAGAAGUAUUUUAUUAUAGUAAUGAUUCACAUGUCGAUGAUGAUGACCCAAAAGAUAUAAAUAAUAUAGUUCCAAUAGAAUUUUUAAACAGUUUAACACCAGAUGGUUUACCUCCUCAUAAACUAUCAUUAAAGGAAGGAUGCAUAAUUAUGCUUUUAAGAAAUAUGAAUUUAGUUCAAGGAUUAUGUAAUGGGACUCGAUUAGUUGUCAAAUCUUUAUUAACAAACGUAAUUUCUGCAGAAAUAAUUACUGGAAAAUAUAAAGGUGAAAUAGUAUUUAUUCCUCGUAUUGAUUUAUCGCCAUCACAAGAUGUAUUACCUUUUAAAAUGGUAAGAAGACAAUUUCCAGUUAGACUUGCUUAUGCAAUGACUAUCAAUAAAUCCCAGGGUCAAUCAUUUGAUAAAGUAGGAAUAUAUUUGCCAAUUUCAGCAUUUGGUCAUGGUCAAGUUUAUGUUGCUGGUUCUCGAAAGGAACAUAGAGCCCCCCGCUGCGAGGGCUACUUGGAAUUGAGUCCCGAGCAACCUUCAUAG